AUGCGUAUCUGGUUUUUAAUAUCACUCUUCACCAUCUUCUUCCUUGCAAAUACAACCCACGCAAUCUUCAAUCUCAAUUUCAGUCCACAGAGACAACCACCACAAAUCCACCUACCCUUCAAACCGACAACCCAAUCCAUCCCGAGUACCAAACCACUCACAACAGUCCCAACAUCCGUCCCCCACGUCGCUGCGAAUAUCGACGUCGUACCUCAAGAAGCUGGGGCGGGACCGGGGACUGGCGGUAGCGAUGGACCGGCCGCGAUGAUCGUAUUCGCUGUUGUGGGGUUCGUGGGGCUGGGGUUUGGAUUUGGGAUGGGGCUGUAA